AUUCCAUCUUGAACCGCAGCUUUUCCCAAUCGAACUGUUGGUUGGCCAACAUCCACUGGAACCAAAGAUAUCAUAAGCUUUGAUUUGGAACCUGGCACCUGAGAAUGCAGAAGUAAAACAAUCAAUAAUCCGGGCACGUACGUCAAACAAUCCAUGCAUGACUAAUGGAUGGAGUGCCAAAAUAAUCUGAGGGUAGAUCUCACAGGUUCCAACUUCCAAGAGCAGGUAACUCUAGCAUCAUCAUCUUUUUCAUUUAACCACGAAGGAUAAGUUCAUAUUUUUAUCCCAAGCGUGGAAAGAUGAUGUUGGUGUUAAGAGCAACUCCGCUGACAUAUGUGGCACAUGCACUGGCAGUAGUGUGCGCGGUGAUGGUGUUGGUUUGGUGCAGCAGCUUCAGAGGUGGAUUGGCCUGGGAAUCUCCCAAUAAAAGUCUCAUCUUCAACAUUCAUCCGGUGCUGAUGUUGAUUGGUUUCAUCAUAAUUGGGGGUGAAGCAAUUAUAAGCUACAAAUCUCUGCCCUUGAGGAAAGAUGUAAAGAAAGUGAUUCAUCUAGUGCUGCAUGCAAUUGCAUUAAUUCUUGGAAUUGUCGGUAUUUGGGCUGCUUUCAAGUUCCACUAUGAGAGCUCAAUCCCCAACUUGUACAGCUUGCACUCUUGGCUCGGUAUGGGCGUUAUUGUUCUAUAUGGCCUCCAGUGGAUAUACGGCUUAGGAGUAUUCUUCUACCCUGGGGGAUCUCCUCCAAUGAGACGCGCUUUGCUUCCAUGGCAUGUGCUGAUUGGGAUGUUCGUGUAUGUUUUAGCUGUUGCAAAUGCAGCCAUAGGGUUCUUGGAGAAGCUAACUUUCCUGGAGGCUGCAGGCCUUGAAAAAUAUGGUUCAGAGGCUUAUCUUGUCAACUUCACUGCUAUUGCCACUAUCCUUUAUGGUACCUUUGUUUUUCUAACAGUGUAUGCUAAAAAAGAUCAAGAGUGUGAUGACGGUUUAAGUAGCUGAACUUGACAAAAUAAAGUAUCAAUAAGGAAAAUUUGUCAAACACUAAAUUUGUCAAACACUACCUAUUAAUUUUCACUUGUCAAAAACAGCAACCUAAUAAGAAUUAUCACAAUUUUAAUCUUUUAUGGUUGUAAUUUUUUGGAUGUAAUUACCUACAUUAAUAUCUAGGAGUGGCUGAAGGAUAUCUCUUGAAAAAUGUUAUAUAUUUGAUACUAAAUUUUGUUUUGUU